CCACCUUUAGCCGGGUCCACCCGCCAUGUAGCGGCGCGCGCCGGACGGAGCUCUGGGGGAAACUUUCCGGGACCUCUCUGUUGGUGGUUCGGGGGCAGCGGGGCGCGCAGCUCGCUGGUCCCGGGGCGGACAGCCCACCAUGCUGGGGCCGGGGGCAGCGCUCUGGAUCACCGCCGCGGUGCUCGUGUGUCGGGCGGCGGCGCAGUACUCCAGCGACCAGUGCAGCUGGAGAGGAAGCGGUUUGAGCCACGAGUCUCACCGCAGAGACGUGGAGCAGGUGUACCUGCGCUGCUCUCAGGGCUCUCUGGAGUGGCUCUACCCCACCGGGGCCAUCAUCGUCAACCUGAGGCCCAACACGGAGCCCUCAGCAGGACCAGCAGGACCAGAGGGGCUCCAGGUCUGCAUCAAACCCCUCACCCACUCCCAGGGUUCCCAUGUGUACCUGGAGCAUAACGGGGACCUGAGGCUGCUGCUGGCGGAGCAGGACCAGGCCCGGGGCUCGGCGCUCUGCUUCAGCCUGGCGGAGGGGGCUCUCUUUGUGGAGGCCGUCCCCCAGACAGACAUCAGCCGAAGGAUCACAGCGUUCCAGUACGAGCUGGUGUCCAGCCAGGGGCCCGGGGCCCACCUGUACCCCUACCUGCAGCCUGGUCCAGUCAGCUGUGAGCCGUGUUCAGAUGAAGAGGUCCUCAUGGCGGUGUGUUCCAGUGACUUCGCUGGCAGUGGGAUCUUCCAGGGUGCAGCCUCGGGAGACCACGCCCCUGCAGCGGUGACGCUGGGCCGGCUGUUCCGUCAGAAGAGCCGGCUGUUUGCUUGGGGCGGAGGCCGAGGGCGGGGCUGGGCCGGACGGGUCAAUGUCCCCAGACGGUGCCCCGUGCCUCCUGGAGGGGACGAGUACCUUCUGACCGGCUCCGUCCAUUUUGGCGAAGCCUGGCUGGGCUGCUCGCCUCGCUACAAGGACUUCCUGAAGCUGUACGUCAGAGCACAGAAAGCGGGAACAAACCCUUGUGAAAUAAACACAGACUGAGAUUCUCUUCAGGGUUCUGGGUGAAACAGGGUGGAGCACUUCUCAAAACAGUCAGUGAAGAAGACAGAAAGAGGAACAGGCGGAGGUUUUAGGACGGAGGGUUAUUAUCUCUGAGCCAAUCAGAGAUCAGCAGGGUCACGACCCCAGGACAUCUUAAAGUUUACCUCUGCAGGCUCUGUUCACUGCUGUGAGACUUAUUGUUGCCUUGCAGUGGGAAAGGGAGUUGGACUGAUAUUUUAGUAGCCAGUGAGCUGCCAACACUAAAAUGUCCCCGUCUGAUUGUAACUGUGUGUAAAUAUGUUGGUGCGUGACUGAGACAGCCCAGGAAUGAAUGAUAAGCUUAAAUUAAUUUUGUGCCGAAGUGGUUUUUACUCUUGUGACGAUACAGCUUGUGUGAUCAUUCUCGAAAUGAAUGUUUGCUUUGUAAAAAGCUUUCUGUAAAAUUUAGGAGUCUUCUGACAGAAGUGUCCAGUAUGCAGCUCUGUGAGUCUUUAUGUACUUAGUGUGUGUGUUUUGCUAAUGAUUUCUGAGGGUCUAUAUAUUUACAGAAAAUAAAAAAGGCUUCCUUCAGCUUGUGUUUCUGUUGAAAGGUGUACAUUUAAUCCACCCAUAGCCUGAUAAAGGGACCCUGUAUUAUAUUUAUUACUGUGGUUGAGGUGCAGAUAAAU